UGAAACCUAGUAAUGUUGAUGAUGAUGGUGGUGGUGGUGAUGUUGAAGUAGUGUGGAUCAUCACAUCAGCUUCAGAUGUCUCAAGCUAGUCUGAACAUAAAAGAUCUGCACUGGAGACAUGAAUCCAGCUUGACCCCACUUUUAACUGCUAUGUCUCAAAGCUAUAGGAUCCUAAUAGUUGCUGUACUUUGGUGAGGAACUAGUUAUUUGGACAGAGAAGGCUAAAGGCCUUGUCAAGCUACAACCCCAAUGAGCGGAGGCUUCUGGGAGUUGAAGUCCAAAAAAACAAGUGGAGAACUACUGUUUGGGAAUCUCUAUUCCGAUUGUUUGGCGUGCUGCUUGCUCCCGCCUCCCAACUGGCCAUUGAGUGGCCCUUCUUCUGCCCGUUUCGUUUCAUUGGUUGGGCUACGUGCUCGUCACGCGAUUGCGUCCAAUCGGAAUCACGAUGACGGUUCAGACCCGCCCGCUUUCGAACGCGAAGGCCAAUCACGUGACCGUUCCCGGAAGAGAAACGCAGAACGCAUGGAUGUAUGGGCAGCGUAUGUUCCUGCAAAAGAGAGCCACAGGGUGACUUUGGUCCGUGAGCAUCAGGAUCUGCAUACAUUGAAGCCAAUGUCAAGCCAGAUGCCACAAAGAGAGGAGGAGGGAGAAGGAGCAAAGCUGGGUGACAAAGAGGAGCUGAGCAGGAAGAUUAAAGAGCAAAAAGUUAUAGUUGAUGAACUUUCCAACUUGAAAAAGAAUCGGAAGGUUUACAGGCAACAGCAAAACAGCAACAUAUUCUUUCUAGCGGACAGAACCCAAACACUAUCUGAGUGCAAAAACACGUUAGAUGAGUUAAAGAAAGCCCACCAGGAAAUGGAAAAUUCUGAAAAAACCGGAAUCAAGAAGUAGCAAAACCAAACCCCAGUUCAAAAUGUGUGGAAUCUGCUGUCUGGUUAGCUUGUCUCAACAUCCUCCUAA